GAGGUUUUUUGAAACGUUUGGAAUCUAAUUAAUAAAACUUGCAGGUUUGCCUAUCCUUCUCUAUUUGUCUGCUAUAGAUUCCAACCUUCAAAGUCUGCUAUCAAUCAAUCUCUAUUUGGAAUAAACUCGUGGUUCAAUAAGCUUCCACUGACAACCCGCUUGAUUUUGAGGCAUCAUCGCUUUAUUUAGCAAGUGGCAGCAAGCAAGUUGCUGAAACCCAGAAUCUUUAUUUCCCACCUUGCAAAAGCCGACCUCCAUUGUUUCUAUUUUACGUCUCUUGUAAGUUACAGUUAAAGCAUCCAGGCCCACUUCCUUGUAUGAAGCAACACUAACUUAACUUGAUUCAUAUUGAAGAUACAAAGAUGGGUUUUUCAAUUGGGUUUUCACUGGGUUCUCAUAUUCUGGUGAGGAAUACUGGAAAGUUUCCACCUUUAUGUAGAAAAGAGAGGCUUAAUCUUAGCACCAUGUGCUCAGAAUUUAAUAAGCCUUGCAAAAUAAGAGUUCCACUCUGCAAGAGUGAAUUGGUUGACUUUGAUGAGAGAACAAGCCCAACCGAGAUCAGAAAAGAGAUAGGGAGAUGCUAUGAACUCAUACAUAGGCUUGGAAGGGGAGUCGUUUAUUUGGGUUCUUCAAGAAUGGGACCUGAUCAUCCACAUUAUUCACAAGCACUAGAGUUGGGUAGAGAGGUUGCAAAUCUUUUGGACUGCACAUCAUGGACUGGGGCUGGUCCGGGCCUAAUGGAUGCUGCUACUAAAGGCGCACUUGAAGCAGGAAAGCCUGUAGGUGGAUUUAAGAUAGCUAAAGAAGCUGGCGAAUGGACGGCGUCAAAUUUUCAUUCUUACCUACCGUCAGAAACUUAUCUUACAUGCAGGUUUUUUUCUGCAAGAAAGCAUGGUUUGGUGGAUGCUGCUGUUAGGAGUAGUUGUUCAGAUAGGACUGCUGUAGUUGCUCUUCCUGGUGGAAUUGGUACUUUAGAUGAGAUGUUUGAGAUUUUAACACUGAUUCAACUACAAAGAAUUGGAUCAGAGCUUCCAGUUCCCUUCCUUGUGAUGAACUAUGACUCAUACUACCAGAAGCUCUUAGACUUUCUUGGUGAUUGUGAGAAUUGGGGUACUGUCUCUAAAGGAGAGGUUGCAUCCCUGUGGAAAAUUUGUGAAAACAACUCGGAAGCUCUGGCCCACUUGGCAGAUUUCUAUGGCCUCCCUUCUAGCGGUGAAGAGAGACAUGAAGUAAGCUUACACGUGCAAAUCGAAUAAUCUCUUGAUAAAUAGUUUAGAUGCAAUUGAUUGUCUGAGGUUUAUGUUACCAGUUUAAAUUAAAUGCGCAAAACAAAGGGGCGAAAUUGAAAAUUUUGCAUGAUUAUGAUCGAUCAUGCACUUUAAAAUGCAUGUCUUAGCAUAGUUCAUAAUACGAAUUUGAUCAUUACUUUUUUGGUUUUUAUUGAGAAGCUGGACAUGAUUUUGAAUC